AUGGAGGCAGAGGACUUGGCAUCACAAUGGGAGAGGUUACACCUUUCCAAAGAAGAAAGCGCCUGUUUCCAUGUCAAGCAGGAGAACAUAAACGGUGACGAAAAACGGGACAAAUAUUGUAUGGUGGGAAAGGCUCUGACCGAGAAGGGAGUUAACAACGAAGGCUUUAGGAUUACAAUGUCUCAAAUAUGGAGGUUGGAAGGGUGGGUGACCUUCAAGGAACUUGGUGAACAAUGUUUCUUAAUCGAGUUUCAGAAGAUAAGAGACAAAGAAAAGGUUCUAAGUGGACGUCCAUGGUUCUUUGACAGACACCUCCUCACCAUGAUGGAGGUGGAUGACAAGGAAUCCAUAGAUGCAUUGCAGUUUCGUUUCGAACCCUUCUGGAUACAACUCCACAACCUUCCAUUAUCAGUCAUGACAAAAGGUUUUGGAGAGCAGUUUGCUGAGGCCAUAGGCCUUGUCAUUAGAGUCGACGCAGAGGAAGAUGGUCGUGCAUGGGGAAGGUGUCUCAGAGUAAGGGUGGCAGUGGACCUCAACAAACCAUUGUUACGAGGGAAAUGGUUAAAGCUAGAUGACAAGCAACACUGGGUCGCUUUUAAAUACGAGAGACUGCAAAACUUCUGUUUUCAUUGUGGUGUUCUUAAUCACAAAGGAAAAGGGUGUUUGAGAUCUCAUAAUGCUCAACAAGGAGAUACACAACCCUCAACUCAGUUUGGUCCAUGGCUUUGA